UCGUGUAAUAUGACCCCAUCCCCUCUUCCUCAACCUUUCUCUUAUAAGAAGUCUCUUUUCCAGUUUUAUAAUCUCGCAUUCCAUUCCAUUCCAUUCUCUCUUCCGUGUAUUCCACUCUGUUUUCUUGUAUAUAUUCGAACCUUAUAAAUUUCCAUCUACAUUUUGUGUCUUUUUAAUGCUCGUAAUUUUCACUACAUAGCAAGCAAAUUCUUGAGUAACAUUGUGACCAAAUUGAAGAAACAAUGACGGCUAGUUCCGAGCUCGAGAGCAGCUCGAACUCGUUCUCGUGUUCUCCCUCGUCGCCGGCCUCUCCGGAGUUGGUAAAGUCGAAAAAUGAUUCGGAGAAGGCAUUGGAACCGAACCGAAAACCGAAAAGAAUGCGGGAGAAUAGCAAGCAUCCGGUUUAUCACGGAGUUCGAAUGCGCAACUGGGGUAAAUGGGUGUCCGAAAUUCGGGAGCCUCGAAAGAAAAAUCGCAUUUGGCUCGGAACAUUCGCAACACCCGAAAUGGCUGCUAGGGCUCACGACGUAGCCGCGCUGAGCAUUAAAGGCAAUUCGGCGAUUCUAAAUUUCCCUGAUCUCGCGGACUCGUUUCCCCGUCCGGCCUCGAAUUCCCCACGAGACGUUCAAGCCGCGGCAACCAAGGCAGCCGCAAUGGAAAAAUUCGAUACCACGUUACCAUCACCUUCUUCGUCUUCAUCGUCGUCUCUGACAUCCUCGUCAUCACUCUCCUCACUAGUUUCGUCAAUAGACUUGUCGACUUCUGACGAACUAACCGAAAUCGUCGAGUUACCGAGUCUCGGGACGUGUUUCGACUCCGCGGAGCUAAAAAACGAUUUCGUAUUAAUCGACUCAGUGGAUGGGUGGUUUUACCCGCCGCUAUGGCCUCUCGAAAAUGCUUAUGAUGGUGACGUUGCUGCUGACACCGGGGAAUUCAGAUUCGAGUUUUUCUAAUUAGGGUUGAUUUAAAUUAAUUAAUGUGUGUUUAUGUAAAAAGUCUUUGUUUUGUUUUUGUAAUCUAAUUAUUAGCCCUUGCAUUUUUCUCCAAAGGGCUAAUUAAUUUCUUCCACCUUUCUGAGUGAUGAGUGGGCUUUGAUCAGUCUCUGUAUAACCUCUUGAAUGAUUUCUAACUGUAUAGUGUUUGUUGGGAAUAUGGUAUGAAUAAUCAAUCAAUGUGAUAGUAUCAAAGUAGGUGUAUAUGGUUUAGGUGUGUGUUUUUGGACGGUGAAUUUGUAUGUGUGCAACAUUUUGGCUGAUUUAUGAUUUGACAUCAUCUUUCCCCA